AUGGACUCUGGCUUCAUGCCCGAGCAGGUUAAAGCCCUGGGGAGUAAGCUGUUGGAUUUCUACGAUCACCUCAAAUCUGAUCGACCGUUUCUCACACCUGACCAGAAGAUGUGCUGGAUAUUCUCAAAGCAGGAUGACUUCUACUACCCGUUUGAUGAACAAAUAAGUCCCAUCAUCGCUCCAGGUUCAGCCAAUUCGCUUGUUCUUAGUAGAGAUGGAAUUGCGGACCUAUAUCAGGAAUCACUAGCAAACUGCUCCUUUGUGUCAUCGUUGAUAACAAUCGCCAACCAUGGAUUUGAUCUUCUUUCCUUAGUUUAUACGGACAGCAAUACCUCAAGAUUUGCCUUGACACUCGAAUUCAAUGGGUGCAAAAGAGUGGUAUGGACAGACUCUUCACUUCCGGCUGAUCAAUCUAGAUACGUGAAAAGCUCGACACAUCCAGAUCUCUUGUGGCCCGCUAUUUUGGAAAAAGCAUACCUUCAGAUUCAUAACGCAUCCCAUCUAUCAGACUUCAGAGGUUCCAAUAUCGGCAUCGACACGUAUAUUCUUACUGGGUAUGUUCCCGAAUAUGUGGAUAUUGAUGAUCUCACGAAAGACCAAAUGGAAACCAUUGCUCAGAAACACAACACAGCAGACCUUGUGCUAGGUUUAGGGACUUCCAAUCUUUCUCCAGAAGAGUGUCGCCGUUUCAAUCUUGCGCCUAAUCACGAUUAUUCAGUUUUGAGCAUAAAAAAGGACGACUCAGCGCAGUACGGCUACAAAUUAUACUUGAAAAACCCUUGGAACCUUGCGAACCGCGACAUGGAAGUUUUAGAUCUUUAUCCUUUCAACGUCCUCUAUCUCAAUUGGAAGCUAGAUGACUUCUCGAAGAUCACAAAGCACGUGAUAUACAAGGACGCACUGGGAGCGGUCGAAUACCCACAAUUUAGCUUACAAAACCACAGCCACCCAAAUACGGUCUAUGUUCUGAUUGAGCGCCAUUUGAACCAGCCAGAUACAUAUUUGCGUGCCGAGUGGUUUGAUACCCAAGGCGAAAAACUUUGGACGCUUACAGACGCAAAGCGAAUAUCGAAGAGCCCGACCAACAAAUCCCGAUUUGUACUGUCAAAGCUUCAUCUCAACCCAGGCCAAUGCGUGACCGGCGUGCUUAUCGCAAAUGAUACGUCCUCAAUAAGGUACUCUGUGCAUUUUUUUUUCCAGCACAAGUUAACGGUAGCAAGACCGUCGUUUAAGUACAAAUAUAUCCAGGAGGUUAUGGAUCAAUGGACACCUAUGACAGCUGGUGGCUGCUGGUUGUAUCCAAGCUACAUUGACAACCCGCAAUUUGAAAUUACUGGUGCGCUCGGUAAGACCGAAAUUGGCCUUUUCUCAAACAGCAUAGCUAAUGUCCUGCUAUUCGAAACUUCAGAAAGAUAUCUCACGAAAUUCGAUGAAAGAACGCUUGUGGGCGGCCAACGACUUGAAUACGACCAAUCAGGGUUUAUCCUUAAGACGAGCCUCAACCCAAACUCUAGAUACAUUGCAAUUGUGUCUACCAAGGACCCGUUGACUCUAGGCCCGUUCAAAUUAAUCGUCAAUAGCGAAAGCCCGCUGACGAUGACUAGAUUGUCCACAAGCCUGGGGCUUUUUACUCAAACAAAGAUGUUCCAAGACUCCGAGAGCUGCUUACACCGGUUUACGGUCUUGAAGCCCUCUCGCGUUACCAUCAGAAUCAGGACCCCCGCUGCGUUCAGUUUUUCCGUCACAGGUGCUAAUUUCCAUAACGACUACAAAAAUGUCAACGAGAAGUAUGGCUACUUUGCUCAUUUUCCCAGCCUUCAGUGCGGAAUAUAUACAAUAAGCAUCAGAUUAUCGCAGAAAGGCCCAUGCACUGUGGAUCUGGGCAGUUCUCACAGGUUGGGCUGA